UUUUGAUGACUUAAAUACAGGACUUCUAGUUGGAGAUAUGUUCUAAUUAAAACGGUCCUACGAAAUCACGACCAUGUACAUCUGAUAUGUUCCUACCCUUGUUCGCCACCGUAUUCGCCGGCUGUCUCCGCCCAUCUCGCCUGAGAACUAAGGCGGCCGCCAGUCGCAGCCCUCGGUGGUCGGCACCUCCUCAGCCCGUUUCCCCUAACGCUCACACUCUACGCCGCCGCGUCGUCGGCCUCGCCCUCCCUCUCGACGAACUAAGCCAUCCCCGGCCGAGCUUCCGACGCAUUCCCGGGCCACUUCCCUCCCUUCCGGCCUUCCUACUCCCUCCACGCACCGCAACUGUGACACUCCGCUCCGACGCGGGCGCCGCAGGCCGUUGACGACACCCGAACCCAACCGGCAACGCGCCCGAAAGGGGCAGGGACUCCUUUUGCUUGUCCUUCGCCCCUCUUCUCGCUUUCUGCGGAGGGAAAAACUUUCCCAGUCAAUUAAAAAAAAAAUCGACGGACGGCUUUACGCACGCGAUUCGCUGCUCGCCCCCAAAUUUCUCCUCUGCUUCUGGUUCCUUUGACGCAUCUGAUCAUUUCCCCCUCCUCUACGCGGGUCGAAUCGCGAGAGUGUGGCGGCGGCUGUGGUGGUUGACUGGUGCUUAGGGUUGGAGCUCCAGGAGGAUGGCGAGCCACGGCAUCGGGGCGGCCGCUGGAUCUGACGCCCCGCACGCUGAGGUCGUCACUAUGGGACAGACAAAUCCAUCUCCUUAUCCUCCUGUAUCUUCCAGUCAUCAUUCAUGGUCCUCUGCAACUGGGUCAGUUUCAUGGAACAAUACAGUGGACAAACUUAGCCAAGAUACAGUUUAUUAUGAUCCACAAAGGGAUGUAUCGGUUUCAGGAGGGAAUCAAAAUGUAGGAAGCAGUGCGCCUCAUGUUGCCCAGGCGAGUAUGGGGAUAACAGACGCAGCUCAUUCCCAUGUACCUUACUCUAGUUCAGAUCAACAUGGCUAUAACCCUGUAGAAUAUGCCAAUUAUUAUUAUAGCUACCCACAAGCGGCAAAUGAUUCUUCUGUCCAGCAAGGAGCAAACCAACAUCCAGGUGCAGCUUAUCAGCCUCUUACUUCAUUUCAAAAUUCAGGGUCUUACAUUGAUCCUACAAGUAACACAUAUUACAAUGCUGGGGAUCAUCAGACUGUGCCAGGAUAUGGAAGCAGCAGCUACUAUUUUCAGAACAACACAUGGAAUGGUGGAAGCACAGGGAAUAAUUUUGCUCAAUCAUACCAGAACUACUCACCAUCUGAUACAAAUGCACAACAGAGCUCUACUUCAGUGCCUGCCAAUUCUUUACCGUAUCAGCAGCAGUAUAACCAGUGGCCGUACUAUUACAAUCAAUCUGUGCCAAGUGCUUCUAGCAAUCCAGUUGCUGGGAACAGUACUACAGAUAACUUAGCUGUUAACACCCCUUCUAGCUACUCCUAUCCUAAUAGCCAGCCACCUCCACCAGGAACAACAUCAUGGAAAAGUAAUUCAAGUGCUUCUGUUGCGCCUCCUAUGCAGGUACCAGGUGUUUUGGAACAUCAAAAUCAAUAUGGCAACCAGGCGGAAGGUCAUUAUAACCAGGGACCAGGUGUCCAAUGGUCUCAAAACCAUUACGCCUACCAGACACAGCCAUACCCUCAGAAGAUUAAUUCCAAUUAUUCGCAACUAAGCAACCCUGAAGAUCAACUGAGGACUGUAGAUUCUAACGGUCCAAGCACAAAUCUUUCGUCUAACCAUGUUUCUGAAAAUUUUAAACCAAACUUGCUGGAUUCUGUGACAAUGAACACUUCCAGCGAAAGCAAAAUACAAGUUCCUAUAAAUCCUCGAAUUGCCCAAGGUUUCUCUAUGGUGAUACCAAAGAAUGAGAAGAAAAGUUCUGGACUUGAUUUAUCAAGGAAACCUGCCUAUGUUAGUGUGUCCAUGCCGGCGAACGAUGCUAAAGCAAGUCAAGUUGGUCCUGAUGCUAGAUCGAUACCCUUUUCACUCCGUAACUAUGCUAUGAGGAACCUCAAUCGUUGCAAGAAUGAUACCCAGAGGGCAGCCUGCCGAAGCAUAAUGGAGGAGAUCACAAAAAAAGCUUUUGCUGAGGGAACCCUUCUUACUAAGAACUGGGACACUGAACCACUAUUUCCUUUGCCUGAAAGUGUUGUGGGCAUGGCUGGAGCAAGCAGUGAUUUAAGUCCCUUCUUGUCAGUAUCUACCCCAAGGAAACGUGUGAAAAGUAGAUGGGAGCCUGUUGUGGAUGAAAAUGUUACCAAUAAGGUGGAACAAAUAGCAAAAGGAUUGAUCAGCAGUAAUGUCCACAGUACUUUGGACCCUAAAAAUAGAAUUCCAAAUCCUGUGCGGGGUAGCAGUUGGGAUCGUGGGAAGUUUCUCCAGUCUUGUCAAGCAUCAUCAAAUAAAGUCAAUCAGAGGCCUGCCAAGAAGCAAAAAAUGGCUAGUAAUUUGAGUCAAAUACAGAAUGGAAGUGCUUCAAGUGACAGUGAGAAGGAACAUGAUCUAACCAAACAUUAUGCCAGUGCAACUGCACUAGCAAACUCGCCUGAGGAAAAGAAACGUAGGGAGCAUAGAUCCAAGCGUUUUGAAAAGAGUAAAGAUUCAUCAUUAAAAUCAAGAAAUGCUUCUGCAAAUAACGAUGGUAUGGCUAGUUUUCGUGCAAGAAGGGCAAUUUCGUCUCUUCGUACUAGAACCUAUGAAGAAGGCACUUUGGCUGUGGAGGAUAUGGAUUGGGAUGCACUGACAGUCAAAGGAACAUGUCAGGAAAUUGAGAAACGCUAUCUACGACUUACAGAAGCACCUGAUCCUGCCAAAGUAAGGCCAGAAGAUGUUCUGGAGAAGGCCCUUGCAAUGGUUGAAACAUCAGAAAAGAAUUACCUUUACAAGUGUGAUCAACUAAAAUCUAUCCGGCAAGAUCUUACAGUUCAGAGAAUCCAGAAUGAACUGACUGUAAAGGUUUAUGAAACCCAUGCCCGAUUAGCUAUGCAAGCUGGCGAUUUACCCGAAUUUAACCAGUGCCAGUCACAACUGAAGAGGCUAUAUGCACAAGGAAUCAAGGGUUGCUAUUUUGAAUUUUCUGCUUACAAUUUGUUGUGUGUCAUGCUACACUCUAAUAAUAAACGAGACUUGCUGUCAUCAAUGGCAAGCUUGUCAAAAGAAGCCAAACAAGAUGCAGCUGUUAAGCAUUCCCUUGCAGUUCAUGCUUCUGUUUUAUCUUGCAAUUACGUUCAAUUUUUCAAACUAUACAAGAAGGCACCCAAUUUGAACUCAUGCCUCAUGGAUCUAUAUGUGGAGCGGAUGCGCUUUGAAGCUAUGAAAUGCAUGUCUAGGUCAUAUCGCCCAACUGUACCUGUGGGAUAUGUUGCACAGAUUUUGGGGUUCUUGAGAACAGAUACAGGCUGUGCAACCAAUGGGGAUGAUGGAUUAGAAGGAUGCGAAAAAUGGUUGAAAGCGCAUGGGACAGUUCUUUCAGAAGAUAGCAGUGGGGAAUUGCAGAUAGAUACGAAGGCCUCUUCUUCUACACUCUACAUGCCAGAGCCAGAGAACGCCGUUGCACAUGGUGAUGCAUCACUUGCUGUUGAUGACUUUUUUGCACGGACUGACGGACAACUUAAAAGGGGCAGCAGCGAUGGACCAACAGUGGAUACUCCGUAGUAGUAUUGGGGGCUGCCGUGGCAGUAGUGCUGAGGUGGCUUCUUCCGUAGAAAUUACAACAGGGGGCAUGAAAUGGAACUGACCAACGAUGCCAGCGGAGCUACAGUCGGAACAUGGGUGCUCUAACUGAUCCAGUCAUCGGGUUCUGGCAUUUGCCUCAAAGUGAUCUAGUCAUCCAGAGUUGCACCGCGAUGAGCUUCGUUGAGAAGGCAGAUAAGAAAGCAGCAUUACAAGUUUUUAAUGUCUUGGUGGUUUACUCACCCCUAACUUUAAGCGUAGAAAGAACUGUGAAAAAACAACUACAGGUCUACAGCUUUGAAGCAUACACGUAUGUUUUCCGGGGCUCCUUUUUUUCUGGCUGCCCCUUAGUCCGUGAAGAUUGUAAAAAUAUUUUUAAUGCACAUAAAUUUGCUUUCCUAUCCUAUCGAAUAACAACAUUUAUGUACGUACUAAUACUCCUAUAGUUAUAUCUCUCGCUCGCUCGAGCCGAACCGUUUACUGAUA